AUGACGGGGCUGAACGUGUCCCUCUGCUUCUUCCUCGGCACCUGCGCCCUCUGCGAGACGGCCAGGAGGGCAUCCAAGGCCCUGCUCCCCGCGGGCGCCUACGCCUGCUUCGCCCGGGAGGCGGUGGGCGCGGCCCAGCUGGCGGCCUGCUGCCUGGAGCUGCAGGGGCUGGCGGAAUUCGGGCCCUGGGCGGGGGGCUUCGGGCCUGACGUGCUGCUGACCCUGCUCUUCCUGCUGUUCCUGGUGCAUGGGGCCACCCUGGAUGGGGCCUCGGCCAACCCGGCGGUGGCCCUGCAGGAGCUCCUCAUGGCCGAGGCGUCCCUGGCCAGCACGCUGCUGAAGCUGGCGGCCCAGGGGCUGGGCGUGCAGGCCGCCCACGCGCUGACGCUGCGCUGCUGGGCCUGGGAGCUCAGUGAGCUGCACCUGCUGCAGAGCCUCCUGGCCGGGCACUGCAGCUCCGCCCUGCACACGUCCGUGCCCCACGGCGCCCUGGUGGAGGCCGCCUGCGCCUUCGUCUUCCACCUGACCCUGCUGUGCCUGCGACACAGCCUCCCCGCCUACAGGGUGCCCGCCCUGGCCCUGCUGGUCACCGUCGUGGCCUACACAGCCGGGCCCUACACGUCUGCCUUCUUCAACCCUGCCCUGGCCGCCUCACUCACCUUCCACUGCGAAGGAAACAGCUUGCUGGAAUACGCCCAGGUGUACUGGCUGGGCCCCCUGACAGGCAUGGUGCUGGCCGUCCUGCUGCACCAGGGCCGCCUCCCCCGCCUCUUCCGGAAGAACCUGCUCUACAGGCAGAGGAGCAAGUACCGCAGCCCCAGAGGGAAGCCGGCCCCAAGCCCCGGAGACCUCGGCCGGGAGUGGGGGCGGGGCGGGGUGGGGCAGCCGGCCCUCCGCGCCCACUGA